UGUGCGUCUGCGCGAGACAAGGAGGAGGGUCUUCCACUCUCAGUCUUUUUAUUUAUUUCUUUGUUUCCAGCUGGAAAAAAAAAAAAAACCACCGCGGUAUAUUCCUUUGAGGGACCACCAAUGUUUCCCAUCCGAUUAAGACAGAACCCUGGACCAUACUGCUGUACGUAUUAAAAAGCCCGACUUAAGGGGGCGAGGAUGAAGCGGCGCAAUGCGGACUGCAGCAAGCUCCGACGGCCCUUAAAACGGAACCGAAUCACCGAGGGGAUCUACGGCAGUACAUUCCUGUACCUGAAGUUUCUGGUGGUCUGGGCGCUGGUGCUGCUGGCAGACUUUGUGCUGGAGUUUCGCUUCGAGUACCUCUGGCCUUUCUGGCUUUUCAUUCGCAGUGUUUACGACUCCUUCAGAUACCAAGGCCUGGCUUUCUCAGUGUUUUUUGUGUGUGUGGCAUUCACAUCAGACAUUAUAUGUCUGCUGUUCAUCCCAGUGCAGUGGCUGUUCUUUGCAGCCAGCACAUAUGUGUGGGUACAGUACGUCUGGCACACAGAACGAGGGGUCUGCCUUCCCACUGUGUCACUAUGGAUACUUUUUGUUUAUAUUGAGGCAGCUAUCAGAUUUAAAGACUUGAAACACUUCCAUGUGGACUUGUGUCGUCCAUUUGCAGCACACUGUAUUGGGUACCCGGUGGUUACGCUGGGCUUUGGUUUUAAGAGUUAUGUAAGUUAUAAGAUGCGUCUACGAAAACAGAAGGAAGUGCAGAAAGAGAACGAAUUUUACAUGCAGCUCCUGCAGCAGGCACUACCUCCAGAACAACAGCUCAUACAGAGACAAGAGAGAGAAGCAGAGGAAGCAGCAGCAUCUAAAGGCAUUCAAGAUGUAGACUCUCCAGCUGUGGCACAGAACGGCUCGGCGGGCGGUAAAAAGCCCUCAUCCAACACGUUACCAGAGCUGGAAUACAGAGAGAAAGAACGAGGCAAAAACGAGUCCAAAAAGCAGCACAACCACAACCAGAACCAUCACAGCAGCACCAGCAGCAGCAUCUUGCCCUCAGUGGACAGUAAAGCUCAGGAGAUGGAGUACAUGGAGAACCACGUGAACAGUAAGAGACUGAGCAGCUCAGAUCUGCUGGGCAGCACUGAGAACCUGCUGAAAGAUGAACACUCUUCAUCCUCCUCCUCUUCUUCCUCCUCCAACUCCAACAAAAAUUACAAAAACGCCAGCGGAGGAGGAGGGAGCUCCUCGCCCCGGGGACACGGAACAGCCAAUGGCAACGUGCCGUCUUCCUCCGGGCCUUCGUCGUCCUCAAAUAAGGGGGACAGGAAACAGAAGUGUGGAGGAGGGAAGAACGCAACAUCGCACAGAGACCCUGUGGAAAACUGCAUUCCCAACAAUCAGCUGAGCAAACCCGAGGCGCUCGUCAGGCUGGAGCAGGAUGUUAAGAAGCUGAAGGCAGAUCUGCAGGCCAGCCGACAGACCGAACAGGAUCUGCGCAGUCAGUUGGGCUCUCUGGGCAGCUCUGAACGCAGCAUACGCUCUGAACUCGGGCAGCUACGUCAAGAGAACGAACUACUGCAAAACAAACUUCAUAACGCUGUGCAGGCGAAGCAGAAGGACAAGCAGACAGUGGGACAGCUGGAGAAGCGUCUGAAGGCAGAACAAGACGCUCGUGCUGCAGCAGAGAAACUGUUAGCAGAGGAAAAGAAACGCAAGAAGCUGGAGGAGGCCACGGCGGCCCGUGCAGUCGCUCUCGCUGCUGCAACCAGAGGAGAGUGCACAGAGUCUCUGAGGAGGAGGAUUGCUGAGCUUGAGACAGAGUGUAAGAAACUCACGCUUGACAUCAAGGUGAAAGAAGAUCAAAUCAGAGAGCUGGAGCUCAAAGUUCAAGAACUACAUAAAUAUAAGGAAAACGAGAAGGACACAGAGGUUCUGAUGUCGGCGCUGUCAGCGAUGCAGGAUAAAACCCAGCACCUGGAAAAUAGCCUCAGUGCUGAGACCCGAAUUAAGCUGGACCUCUUCUCUGCCCUCGGAGACGCUAAGAGACAGCUGGAGAUCGCACAAGGUCAGAUUCUGCAGAAAGACCAGGAGAUUAAAGACCUGAAGCAGAAGAUAGCCGAGGUGAUGGCCGUCAUGCCCAGCGUGGUGUAUUCAGCAGAUACGGGCAGCAUGACCCCCGUCACGCCCCACUACUCCUCCAAGUUCAUGGACACCAGUCCAUCAGGACUGGACCCCAAUGCAUCUGUUUACCAGCCCAUGAAAAAAUGAAUGCUUGUUUCCCACCACAACAGACCUCCAAUCAUUCUUGCAAUCACACACACACACACACACACACACACACACGGUCUUCUCUGGUUGUUUUUUUCCUCCAUAAGCCCAGAUUCAGAUUCAUUUUUGGCAUGUCUGUGGCUCAAAUUGCUUUUUUGUUUUUUCGUCUUCUAAUACUACAGCUUCUUGCCUGGUCAGAAGGAUAUUGUAUUGUGUGACUGUAUUUGUUGUAGUAAAAAUACAAAAGACAAAAAAGAAGACUUUUAAGGGACAUCACACAUUGAGCAGGAUCUGGCGUUACUUUUCUCUCGUAAGUGUCUGGAAACCUCACAGAAGUUGGUGAGUAUCUUCCCUCAGUCCAUUCAGAGACCGGCCUCCUGGAUUUCGGCCUUGAUUUUACUGUUUUUGUUUUUUUUGGGGGGAGGGGGGAGGGAGGGGGUUGUACAAAGCAGGGCAAGUGUAAGAUUCGUUGUCCCAGGUGCUCUACCCCAUAUCAGAGGCACGAAGAUUUUUACUCAAGAAUGUCUCCAUCUAAUAUGACAAGAAUGUAACGCAAUGUUCAAAUAACAAAACGUCUCCAACGAACGUCCCAGAAACAAUGCAAAACAUCUUUUAGGACUCGUAUGACGAACCGAAGCUUAAUCUGUGGAUUGCUGUUCAGUUCUUCCUCAUGGUACAAAGUGACGAACUGUGCGCCACAAACACAGUCCAGCAGCGUAAUUCACCAAUUACAGAUAAUCAGUGCCUUCUUAUGGGACCUCAUUGGUGGAACAGAAAGAUCUCUUCCCUCCCUCUACCACGUCAUGCCUCAAACGCAUCUCUUUUUGGUCUCCAAACGCUUGCAAACGGAUCACCAGCCCAUUGGCGGGACGUCGCUGCUCCCGUUUUGGUCCGCGCUUGUGAAUUCGGUCAUUUGUUUACAUUUAUUUAUUUAUCCAGCGUGGCACUAAUGCACUGUCGACUUCAACGAGCUCGCAAGGGAAUGCGUCAAGUAUGAAACGCAGGAUACUUUCCCCUCCUGGUUUUCUUUAUUGUAUUGAUUGACCAUCUUUCAGUAUCAGACGGAAGCUAGUGUAGUCCAGUGCCAACUAAAGUAGUAGUAGGACUGCAGUUUUUGUUGAAAAGGAAAAGUGUUUCAGAUCCAUCAGGUUACUGGCUGGUCCAAUGAUGGGAAGCUACAGAAGUGUAUUAUUAUUAUUAAUAUGAUUAUUAUUAUAUAGUUUGUGUAUUGUUUUCAGAGAAAUACUUGGUUGUGCCACUUGAUGGCGCUGUUGCUUUCAGAAAGGUUGGUGGCUUUAAAACCUGUUACACUCGUGGAAAGGUUUUCAUUGGGCCAUCUUCACAUUUUCUGUGUUAAUGGAUCCAGAUGUCAUCUAAGCAUGAAGUAUUAUCGGGCUGAAGGGAGAACGUCCCGAGCCGACCCACCUUUUGGAAAAAACCCUCAGAUUUGUGUUAACGCGAAUAGAUUUUGCCAACUGGAGGAAGCCAGUUCCUCCAGGCGGUCUGCAGCGAGUUCUGGUGCGGGUCGUUUCAGAGGGAUGGAGAGAUGGUUACUGUGUUAGUUUGGUUAACGAUGGGUUGGUGGGAGGGGGGCGGGGUUUAGCCAGAGUCAGUCCUAUGUGGUAUUGUAGUGCUCUGAGAUGGUUGUUGUUUUAGGUGUCUGUGAUUUUUAAAAUAAUGAUUUGAUGGAGGAAGUGGUAACGUUUGCGAUGUCCAAGUGGUAUAACUGAAAGAGGGGGAAAAAGACAUUUGCUUUGUUUUCUUUGCCCGCUGUCACUUCUCGCUUUCUGUCUGUUGUUCAGCCAGACCUCGGCUGCACUCGUUGUGAGGUCUCUGUGAGGUUUCAAGUAAUAAAACAUUUUUUUUUUUCUGGCA